AUGUUUCAGAACGAUCAGGCGCUCACGACCAUGCCGGGAUACGUAGCUCUAAGUUUGGUAUUUAUUCUGUUCGGGCUGGCCGUGGUCGCCGCAAGCAUCAAUUUAUUGGUACUGCGUUUCAUGACAAUGUGAGUACUUACAACAAUUAUUAUAAAAUCACUAGGAAAUAGUAUUAUUAUAUAGCACUCUAUUGAAACCUUUAAAUUAGCAAAGCUCAAGAGACUAGUUUUUGCCAAACCAUAUUAUAAUAUUAGUAUAAAUGACUCUAAAUUUAAGCAUGUUCGAUUUAUUUACUAAUUUAUCUACUAUUUCUUGUUAAAAUAAUACUAUCAACUGCUUGUAAUAAAUUAUUUAGAUAUAACUAGAUAGCGUAUAAUAUACCUAUUUACUAAUGGCCGUUUUCUCCGGUGUAGACGAAGACGUUUAUCCGAUUUUUGAAUAUGAUCCCACUAAUUUGUGAUUGAUGUCUGACCGCGAUAUGUCGAUUUUCUCAUAAAAUUAUUACGUUACAGUAAUAUAAGUAUAACUUACAAUUUAUUAAAAAUCAACGUUUAUAUCAGUGAGAAUAGUGUUUUAAUAGUGAUUGGAGUGAUUAAGUGAUCGAAUCAGAUCAAUCGGCUGUGAUCAUCGGAAUUUAUCACUAUUAAACGGACUUCCAUUUUGUAUCCACAAACAAAAAUACAAAAUUAUUAUUCUAGUAUACAUUUGUAAUAAUAAUAUUAUAAAUUUUUGUUCCUUGAGAAGAAGGACUCAAAUCAAAAUUAUUGGAGGAAACAAAGCCAACAAUUGACUUAAGCCUUUUUCCUUGGGAUCAAAGUAUUAUUGAAGUGAAAGUGCAUUAUUUUUUUGAAAAAUUUAAAUUAUUUUAUCGUCAAAAACUUUUAAAUGUUAAUGAUAAUAGCUAUUAAUAUACUAUACUGUAGGAUAUAACUGUAAGAUACAAAAUGACAAUCCGUGAGUAUAGAUAAUAUGUUAGACAAUCGGUGCUCAUUAUUAUAUACUGUUGACCACUGUCUUAAUAUAUAUAGGCUCUUUAAAUAUAGUACCUUAUUUGUGAUAGCUACAAAACAUUAAAAUCCUAUUUUCAUUGUUAACCACAAACAAAUAUGUGCAGGUCGUUAAAAACUCUAUACGAGACUUAUGUAUAGUUGAAAUUAGAUGUAAAAAAACGACACAGAAACCGUUGUUAGUUAAUUUGCAUUUAGUUCUAAUACUGUAAACGGCAGUGGGUAUUAAUUACCUAGUAAAUAAGUUACAGUGGCAUGUUUAGGCCAAGGAGGGAGAUGUUAAAUUUUAAAAUGUUUUCAUAUUAUAUAUCGUGUAUCGUAUAUCCAGGCUAAAAAAAAUAAUUUUUGUAUGAUUUUCCUCUAUGUUUUCUUAAGUAAUGUAUAAUUCAGUCUGUUCUGAAAUUAUCUUUAAAAUUAAAUACCUAAUUAUAGGUAUAGGUAAAUAAUUAUUUACUUUACAAGUAUUUACUAUUUAGGUACCUACCUAUUAAUCCAACCUCUUUCAUAAUAAAGUGUUUCAGAUACGUUUCGUUUUAAAUAAGAAAAUAUACGUACAGUUUUUUUAAAAAUAUUUAUUAACUAUAAAACUAUGUUUAUAUAACAUUAAAUUAUAGAUUUUCAAUUCGUAUAAAUAUUAAAAAAAUAAAAAAGGUCAAAGAGCGUGGAAAGAUAUAUCUUUUUAAUCUCCCCCGUAAAUACGUCACUGAUAUUGUUAUUAGUCUUUUUAACUUAACUAUAGUUAAUAAUUAUUUCCAUAGUUAACCAAUUAAUUUAAUGAGUUCAAGUUGUAUUAUAUAAACUUUCAAAACACAUUCAGUUGUCGAGUUUAAGAUGAACGAUUAUUUUCGACAUUUGAAAUUCAACUUCAAUUAGCUGUUCUCAAUAUACCUAUACGAUGUAGGUAUGCAUCACGAUUUUACUUUAACAGUUUGAUUUAGUUUAUUUUCAUAAAAAUUAAAUAUUAACAAAUAUAAUAUUAUUAAAUAAGUUUAAUGUUUAAUUUUUAUAACAAAAAAAAAAUAAUAAUCCGAGAGAAUUGUUUUCGUUAACUCGCCCAAAUUUGCGAGUAACACAUAAUAAGUGUGAUAUUCCUCACAACAGAUUAAUACGUUAUAAAUAACAUUGCAAUAUUGUUGUACUCGUCUCCGGCCACGUGCCAUUAUUUCGACACUCGCCUGCACUCGUAACAAACAACAAGUAUUAUUAUAAUAUAUGUACAAUAUAACAGCUGUCACGUCGAAGUCAACGGCUUCCUGUAUUAAUAUUUAAACGGGCGAUUAUUUCGACACGAUGCAGCCUACAUAAUAUGCAUAAUGUACGAUAUAACGAUAACAUAACGAUUUGUAUUUCGUUUCAUUUUCGGGUGUUAUUAUUAUUAUUAUUUCGUAAAGUAAUAUAUAAUGGCGUGAAGGUGUUAUUAAUUUUUACUCGUCGCCGUCGUACGCAUUGUACAACCUAAAGCAAAUACCCCGCAGACUCUCCGUCCAUCGGUCGUGCGCUCAUAUACCUAUAUUAUUAUUAUUAUUAUUUUAAAUACGAAACAAUUAUGUCGACUUACAACUUGAAAACUCGUUAUUAUCAACGAAACACUGCGCACAUAAUGACAUAUUAAAUAACACGUACAAUUUACGUAUUAUUAUACGUUUACACACCGUAAAAAAAUACGUUUACAGUUUUCCUGACGUUAUUUACAUAUUACUUUUUCCCGUUAUCCCAAGUACUAUAUUAUUUACAGCAAAUCGCCCAAAAGUCCCGUAUCGCCCUUAGUAUUUUCGUGGUAAAUCAAUAUUAUAUUUAAAUGAGCAGUUUUCUUUGUUUUUCUUUUUUUUUUUUCCACAAUAACAGUAAUAAUAAAAACAAUUUUAAUUACACGGCAAACGUUUCAAUUUUUUUUUUUUUUACUAAAUUCAAAAAUGUCGAAAAAAAUUGUUUAUUCAGUUUAUUCAGUUAUUAAAUUUUCAAGAUACCUAUUUUUUUGUUUUCUUUCAAAAAACAGUUAAAAAAAAUAUCCUAAAUUUUGAGGCAAGUUGCAUAAUAAAGUUUUGCUAUUGUAAAAAUAAUUAUUUUAGCAAAACACGAAUCGUAUGAAUCUACCCGUCAGAUUGAAACCGAUAAUUGAGGAAUAUAUUUUUAGCAGUUUUUUUUUUAUCGAUUUUUACCUGAUAACUACCUAGCAUGAUUUAUUUUCGAUUAAAAGGCCGACAUGAACUCAAGAGUCGAUCGAAUGGAGAUAGCUGAAGGCCCAAGACGAAACGAUUUUACUAAUAAUAUAUUUACGAUAACACGGUAUUUCAACGUGGUAUUUAAAAUCGAUCUGUCGGAAAUUAUUUAUAAACCAUGCAGUUCAAACAGCCAUUGAGAACAGCUUAUUUGGACAUGGCCGGCCGCCUAUUAACAAGUUAAACACAUAAACUUACGUCAAUUUUAUUUUUAAUUUUGAUUUUUUUUAUUACCUUUAGCAAAUUUGUUUUUAAUUGUUUAUGUUUUAAAUUGUUUGUGUUUUUAAUUAUUGAGCCUCUUAAGGGGUGUGUCAUAGACUUAACAACUCCGCUAUUUGCUUUUUACGUAUACAAACGUAUUCUCAUAUUCCUUUUUAUUGCAUAUACAUAAAUACGGAAUGCAUUUAUGUAAUAUAGCUGAUAAUAUAUAGAUACGUUUUCAAAGCGCCCUCAAAGGCAGCUCGCGUUUCUCUAACGAAUACAAACUAUACUAUUAAAUCGUUGGAACUAAACGCGAGCUUUGAACGUAUAAGAUUAGUAUAACCUAAUCUACCUACUUACGAACAAUUACCUUGCUGGUCUAUCGAGGAAAAAUAAUAGAAAUUAUUCUACAGCAAUAUAAAUAAAUACUAACAUGCUCAUGUUAGCGUGAAGUAUACAACAGAAAAUUUCAAAAGUAAUAAUGGCCUAAAUUGUAUAAACACUGGCGAAGAAUAUCAGGUGUUCACGAAGAAAUAAUCAUUUUCUAAAACGACGUAUCGUUCUUAUUAAACGGGAUAUAAAUUAUAAAAAUACUUUUUCGGAUAACAGUGGGUAAUUUACCAUAACAAUUAAUUAUAAUUUACAUAAAACAAAUACAAUAUGCCAAUAUAUUACACGUCCUGAUGUCCUAAGCAAAAGUUUAUGAAAUAAUUUCUAAUUUUUUAUAAUAAUACCUCUUUUUAAAAAAAAACGAAUAGUGAGGACCGCGAGAUGGCCAAAUUUCUAUCCCUGAAACGUAUCCUUAAAUUCGUUACAUAUAUCCCCUGCUACUGCAAAAAUAAGACCUCAAAAAGGUAUCCAUCUUGAACAAUAUUUUAGAAUUUAAUUUAGUAUUUUAAUAUUUUUUAAUAUGUUUAGAUUUUAAAAGUACUGAGAAGUAUAUUGAUUUUAUUAUUGUCUAUGUUUUUCAGAUUCUGAGUAGAGCGAGGAAUGUAUUGGUUUUACAAUAGUGUUAAUUUUUUUUUCUGUGAACAACUUUUCUACAAGAAAUUUUGCUCCGAUUUACAAUGAUAACACUUUUUCUGAAAUGAAAUCUGAAAGGGAUGGGGCAUUAGGAGGUUAUUUUUUGAUUUUCCAGGCUGUUUUCAUAAUAAAUGAGAAAAACAGGGAUUGACGGAUAUCAAAAAUUUUAACAUCAAAAUUAAUUUAAAGUAAUACUCCAUCUAUUUAUGAAAUUUCGAAUAUAGGUUCUCAUUUAAAAAAUCAAAUUCGGAUUCACUACAGGAUGCUCCUUAAAAAUAAAAAAUCUAAGUAUUCGAAUGAUGUGCGAUUUAAUGCUAAUCACGUGCGAAAUAUUUGCAUAAUUUGUUUUUGGAUUUUCCAUUGGGGGAUUGGGAGGCUGGCCAAACGUACGUAAACUAUCACCUACAACAGAGGCCACUUCCAUCCCCAGUAUCAGCUUUUUUUUUUUAUCUUAUAUAUUAACAUAUUUUUUAUAACCCAUUAUUUAUUGAAACAUAUUAAAUAAUUUGUUUGGUGAAAUUGACACUGCCAAUAUUUGUCAAUCCUGUCUAUUGGUUAUUAAUUACUGUUACUGAUCGAAAAUUCAAAUUAAUGUCUAUGUACUUUAUUUAUUCAGUUUUGCCUAUAGCCCCUAUAUUGUAUAUUUAUACACAACAUACUAUGUAAGGUUUAAUAAAAAUAAAUUAUUCCUGGUGAUUUCCAAUGAUACCCGCAUAUUUCUGGCAAUUCCCGUCGGGCUUCGUUCCCGGGAAUCACCCAACCCUACUUAUACUUGCUAAAUUCUUAGAUUUAUGAAAAAAAUUGUACCCAUAAAAUGUUAGUAAUGUAGAACUAUAGUAAUAACUUAUUUCAAAAAACAAAAAUUAUAUUUGUUUGUAAAGUUAAUCCAUGCUUGUGAAAUCAAGAAGAAUGAUAUGAUCAUUACUUAUAUUUUUCUAAAAUUAUUCUUAAUUAGAUUACAAAAAAUAUUUUGUGCUCAAAUCAUCGUAAAACCAAUACACAUUGAGCUAUCUUCCUUUUUUUUUAAAUUAUGCCAAGUUGUGCGCAAAACCAUUAUGCAUUAGGUAUUUUUACAUUAAUAUGCUCAAUAUUAACGUCUGUAAAUAAAAAAAAUUAACACUACAACAACAAUAAUAGUAGGCAUAACUUCAAAAAAUACGUAUCAGAGGUCGUUUCGUGGCACAAUUUUUGUGUUAUAUAGGUACAACAAUAACGUGAUAAUUUACAACCGGGGUUAUACAGUAUAACUGCAGCAACACGGCGUCCUGUUUUAUAUGUUAUCAUAAAUUAUUAUCAUUUUUUUUUUCAUCCCAAACGGAGAGCGAUAAAUGUGCACAGCCAUUAGUUUUUAUAACAAUGUGUAUAAACGAUGUAUACGUAAAUGUUUGUGUGUUUUUUUCCGCCUCAGCCCUCUCGAGACUGAAUAAAGCAUUAAGUUUUAUGAUUUCAAAAUGUAAGACGUUAUACGCGUUUUUAUGACAGUGAAUACGGUCGAAAAGUCUUACGCGACGGUUUUACAUAUUAAUAUUAUAAAUACGAAUACAAUAAUAGUGAUGCACGUAAUUAUCGUAGAGAACCUUUAGAUAUAAUUAGACGAUUUUAAAUUAUACAAUUUCUACUCAGUUUCAGUACCAAAUAUCGUUUCAAAUCGCAAAAUUAAAAAUAUUAAUUAUUAUUACCUACUAAUAUAUACAUAGUUGUAUUCUACAAUAUCUACUUUACAUUAAAUUAAUAAUAUUGCAUUCUGUUUCUUUGACAUAUUAGUAUUUUUUUUUUUUUUAAGUAAAUAUCACCUAGGUAGGUACCUAUGUUAAGAUUAUAACUUGUGGAUUAUUAUGACCGACUAAAUUUAAUCGAAUAGUUAAGAAAAAAAUCCCUUAAAGAUUACUAGCUGCACGUUAUAUAAUUUAUCGUGUUUAAUUUCUCUGUCAUAUUGCCUGUUCGAUAAUGAUUUAUAAAAGAAUAAAACAAGAGUCUUAUACGGCCUAACAGAUUAUAAUAAAAUAUGUUAAUUUUGUUAGUAAAAAUCUCUAUUCGUUCGCAUACCGUGUUUUGAUAAUUUUCGAAAUAUUUAGUAUACAUAUAACCGGUAAUAUCAGGUUUUUUUUACCUACGCGUGAUACUUGUUUUUAUAAUAUUUAAAUUAAGUAACAUCGGUAAUACAUGUAGAUAGGUUCAAUAGGCAUUAACUAUUUUAAAUAAAUAAAUUAGAAAAACACGCGUUAUAUAGGAAUGCAGUUUUUUUUCAUUUGUUUCGUUUUCUAUAAUAUUAUGUUAGAAACAGAACUCACUCAGAAUUAUUUUUCAUUAGUAAUGGUUGAUCGUUACUUGCAGAUAUAAAUUAAACAACUUUACGUAGUAUCCUACUUUCUCAAAUUCUUAUCUACAACAGUGGCGUAUCCAUCAGCAGUAUCAGCUCUUUCGUUUUGUUUUUAAAUGUUAAUCUUUAUUUCAUUUUGAUGUUAAUUAAUAUAUGUAUAUAAAUGGUCAAAUAUUAUAUUAGUUUAGGUUUAUAAAAUAUAAUUUCAAUAAAAUCACCUAUUUUUACAUGACAUGAUUAAAGCCAUGUUCAGUUGCAUUUAUGAUUUGUUUGUUGCUCGUGUGGAUAGUUGAUAAACCGAAUUUUAUAUGAACGUGUAAUUUUUAUAGAAAAAUACCGAGGUUGUCCUCGAUACGUUUUUGAUCUUCAAUUUCAAUACAUAUUUAAUAACUAAAUAAAAAGGCACAUUGUGUAUAUAUAUAUAUAUAUAUAUAUAUAUAUUAUUUACACUGAUUUCCUUUUAAUUUUCGACACUCCAUAUUUCGAAAAGAACUCAUUUUUUUUUCAAAAUUGUCUUUUAGAACAUUCAAGAAAAAAGUAGCUCUGAAAUGUAAUAUUACUAUCAACCUUAUUAUAGGAGAUGAAUCCAUUAACCCCAAAUAGCAACAUAUAUUACAAAUUCUAUAAAUAGAUGGGGCAUUAAUUUUAGUGUGGAGAUAUUUUAUUUUCGUUAGGGCAUUGACGAGAUAUUUUGCUUUUAAGUUUGGAUAAAGGACAGUAAUGGAACAUAAUUGGAGACAUGCGGUAUUUUAAUAUUGCGUUACUAAGUGUUCCACUCUCUCUCUCUACCUACUUAAUACUUUUCGGAAUAUCGAGUAUAUAGACAUUUAAAUGGAUCACCUUGUAUACAUGUACCUAAAAUGACCUUGGUCCGAUGGACGAAACCAAUAAGGUUCACCCAACAACUCGUAAGCACUUAUAAAUAAUAAUAUAUUCAUACAUCGUAAUUCGUAGGUAAAAUAAUAACGAAUUAUCCGUUCAACUAAAAUGUUUUCACCUUUUUUCCGCUCUACUAAUUACAAACUCAAUGAUCCAAUUAUUCGCCUUGUGUCUAUUAAAAUUUUUUUUAGCAUUUUUUAGAUUCAAAGUGUUAUGAUCAUAGUUUUUCUAUGAUAUAUAAGUAUCCUUUUUUUGGGUAGUAAAAGUGUUCCGAUUUGAUCGUGUCUUAUCUUAAAAGAUGUAAAUAUUGCACUCUAUAGUAUUUUGUUUGAACAAAAUAUGUUAAUUUCCAAAAGUGUUAAGGUAAAAUAUCAAAAUCUAAGAUCUAAAUAAACGUAUAAACUGAUAAAAAAAAAUUAUAUGUAUUUAUAAUCAGCUGUUUAAAAGCUAUAACGGAAAAUUGUAUCUAAUGUAAUCAGCAACAUAUUUUUUUGUACAAAACUUCAAAUAAUAUUCCAAAAUGCAUUAUUAAGUUCGGUGAACACUAUAAUUAUUUUAAUCAAAUAGCAUUAAAGAUUGAUUUUAUGACGUAUAAAGGCCAAUUCGCUACGGGCGAAAACUGUAUUUUAUACAAUUUUUUUUUUAAGUUUUCUACUUGUACAAACAAUACGCUGGGACCGAGAGGACCGUAUAGUAAUAGUAAUAAUAAUUACCUAAUAAUAAUAUCACACUAUUCAUAUAAUAUAUUUCCACUGGUCUUUAUCACACGCACGUUGGCCCAAUUUUAACCUACUUAUUAUACCCGUAUAUAUAUAUAUAAUUGGCUUAUAACAUCCACCCUUAUCAAAAGCAAAGAAGUUAGGGACUGUUAUACAUUAUAAUGUAUAAUGUAGACGGUAUGUAUUAUACUUACCCAUACUUGAUCCCGGGCAAAUUGACAUACGUCCGCAAACCGAAUCCAAUAUAUUAUUAUGUACAUAUUUACACAUAUAUAUAUAUAUAUAUAUAAUAUACACAUUAAACAUUAUAAGCGUUUUAGGUACCUAAUACCUGCAGCGAUGUGUAAAGACGCCAAUAUAACCGAUUAUUGAAUAUUAUAGAUUCAUCAGAUCUCAGAUUCUCAGACGUGAACCCGCCGUAUAAUUUAUAGCGUGGGACCAAUUUUCGUUAUAUAUUAUUAUACCUACCCGAACACACCUGAAUGCGCGUCACGCCGCCCUAUAUACAGGUGUGAUUAUUUUGUAUAGAUAUCGUCUCGUGCGGAUAGAUUUGAUUUUGAGGUUUUACUGUAUCAGCAGCAGCAGCAGUAGCUCUCGGUAAUCACAUAGGCUUAUUUCAACGCACGUAUAAUAUGAUUACGGGUUUCACGUAGAUCCAACCUAAGAAAUGCGCAGUUGUAAUUUGUUUACUUUUAAAUUUUAGUCUAUCACAAUUUAAUAAUCCUAAAGUAUAGUUCCCAUACUAUGGACAUGAUUUAAAUAAUGACAGGCAGUGACGGUGUGAACAAAAAUGUAAAAUACAGAAUACUCUAGUAGCUUUAGUUACAACCCCUGAUUUUUUUGGGCUUGGGUAAUAUUAGGUUUUUUUUAUGAUUUUAUAGUAUGGUAUAGUCCUUUUAAAACUGUUUAUUUAUUUGAUUUUCUAAUAAAAAAAAUUCGAAAAAGGUUUAUAUAUCGCAGCAUAGGUAUGUAUUUGUGGGAUAUCCUGUAUACUUAUAUUAUAAUCAUAAUAAAAUAUUUGAAACAAUCAUACCCAACACCCGCUAUGAUCGCUGUAAGUAAUCAUUUAGCAAUAUUAUGAUUUCUAUACAUGUUUGAAUUGUAUUUAAACAAUAAAUACUUAGGUACUGCUCUUGGCGCGUACUGUGUUCAAUUUGUAUACCAGGAAAUGAUUGAACACAAAUGAUAAACAUUCUUGAGUACGUGAAGAAACACAAAGCUUAAAUAUGCAAUUAGAAAAUAGGAAUAGGGAAAAUUUUAAACGUAUAUGAAUUAAAGACUUAAAUAAGAAGGGUCCACAGGGAAAUUCUCGGUAUCCUGGUGCAACAAUAUGCGCCUUUUAUACUGCUAUAUGUGUUAAACCGAUCUGUGGCCUGUCAAUUUGGGUACAUUUUUGUGUCCAAACAAAAUGGAGUCUAUCCAUAUGACUUAAGUUUAUUUAUUUUGCUUUUAAAUAGUUAUGAGUAAGAAUAAACUGUUUUAGGGGAGGGAAAGUUGGGCAGAUAAAAGGUAAUUUAGUUUGAGUCAACGAUAAACCUUUGCAAUCACAAGAAAACGAUACACUUAUUCGAACGCAUUAUAAUUAGAUUUCAAAAAAUCCUACAUAAUAAAUUGUAUUAACAUAAAUGUAAAAAAAAAAAUAAAAAAUUUUAUUAAAAUGGUAGAAAAUUACCUACAUAUACAUCAAAAUGUGAACAUACGAAUAGAAAACGUCAAAAAAAAAAUCAAAAUAAAAGUUUCAAAACUCAGUUCGUUAUUACUUUAUUCGAACUCAAUACUACCAAAACUAUAUAUUUGAAAUAAGCUCAUAAAAAUAAGUCAUUCGCUACAAUUGCACAGCCCUAAAGUUAUAAAACUAUUGUACGGAUCUACGAUAUUAUACCACCCAUAAUAUAUAAACUAUGUAGGUAAUAGUACCUAUUUAUCCAUUGACAUUUUUUUAUGGUCUGACAAUAAGUUUCACGAAAUAAAAGUUCAAGAAACGAAUUUCAUUAUAAUAAUAUACGAGUACGUGUUUGGAAUCAAACAGUAGGAUUUUGAUGAAAACGAAAUUUUUAUAGGUACAGAAUAGAUAUUUUAUUAGGUUAAACUGCAGUGAUUUCUAAACUUUCAGUCUGACACCAUUUUCUACCUAAAGUUUCUCAAAACUUCCUUGCAUUAAUAUUUUUCUCAUUAUUCAAUCAUGAUAACUCAGAAAUCAACAACAAUAAAACCGAUCUAUUGAAAAAUAAUUAUCAGUUUUUUUUUUAAUUAUAGAAAAAAACUUUACUGUUCAGGGUAUAGAAAUUUUUUUUAAAAUUCAUUAUCACUGGUAAUAAAUCUAUAAUUUUUUUAGGUACAGCGCAAACAAUAUGGGGCAUUUUUAUUACCGAAAAAGUAUUUACCGAGAAAAAUCCAAAAAAUAUAAUCUAGGCCUUCGUAAUCGUUCAAAUUAACCAUGAUCAACGUUGCCGUUUUCACUGUAAUUUCGACUUCAAACUUAUUUUAGAUUCUGAACGGAGCGAGGAAUUCAUUGGUUUUUAAAUGAUGUUUAUUAUUUUUUUAUGUUAACAUUUUCUACCAGAUAGCUUACUUCAAUUAUCAAGUAUAGCACUUAUUCUGAAAGAUAAUGUCUAAAUGGUACUAUAGAGAGGUUAUUUUUUUUAUAUUCUCAUUAAUAUUCGAGAUAAUGAAGAAAACUUAGUUCAAUCUUUAAAUAAGAUUGAAAGAUUAAGAAUAAGGUUGUCAUUAGCAACCAUUUUUAUUAUUUUAAAAUCCUUUUUAACAAUCAUUGUUGUCAUGAAAACGCACAUUAUUGUAAUCAUUUUACCAUAAUAAUAUGAUAUAUAUUGUUGACAAGCUACACUAUUAAUUGAAUUCCGCUUAGAAUUGUUUUUUCGUUAGCAAGGGUUUAUCGUUUCUAAUAGAUAUACAUUGAAUUUCCCUCUGUAUCCUACCUUCCCAACUUCCCAACAGUGGCUGCACCCAUGUGCGAAGCAUAUCCGUCUUUUUUGACACCUGAUAAUAUAAUUGACACGCCGCCCCGGGUCACCACCGAGUAUACUUUCGGAACUGCUGAAUUAAAGUGUAUGCAAUUUCGAACCCAGAGUACCUAAUAAAUUAAGAACCAUUCGAUUUAUAAUCAUCGGUUUUAUAAUAAUAAUAUUUUAUAAAAAAAAAAAAAAAAAAAACGUUGAAAAUACUGGGAAAACGUAGUAAUCAAUUUUCUUUUAACUAAAUAGUGACGUUAAUGAUGUUACAUUUAAUACUAUCUGAGUGAAUAGGGAAAUAUUCCUAAAUUUUUAAAUUAUUAACUUGAGAUCAGAUAUUUCUAACGGCACGACUGUUAUGCACUGUGCAGCUACUCAGUAAUAAUCUGUUACACUUUGUAUAGUAUAUAAAUACGUACAAAUAUAAAAUAUUAUGAAUUUCUGUCAAGAGGUUAACGUGCGUUUGAAAGUCGUAAAUUUGUAUGCUCUGAGUAAAUAUAAUUUAAUUUUUUUUCUUAUACCGAUUUGUUUAUACUGUAGUGGUUUCUUGUGUACUCAAAAUAAUAACUCGGUCAGAGCCCAAAGAACAUCUGACAAUUUUGUUUUCAUAAAUACCGACCUAAGACCUCAGAACUCGCUCUAUUGUUAUUUAAAACUCUUUUUCGGGUUAAAAGUACGGCUUCCUUAGUACUCCCAUUAAUAUUAAGCUCUCGUGCGGUUUUGUAAUAAAGGUAAUAUAGGUAUAGGCAGUGUUCGAAUUGGAGGUACGCAGGGAAACAGAGUAACACAAUUUCUUUUUUUAAAAAUAUAGCGUAACUCUACUAUUCGUUUAAAAUAGAAAGCAUGGGACGUAUUAACUGAUAUAAAUGAGGUGACAGGGCAAUCACGCUCACCCUCUUGUUCCAUGUUUUUUUACGUAAUUCCUAAUUCCUAUACAUUUGUUUAUAGAAUAUAUAUAUAUGUUUUAAUAAUAUCUACCUAACCUUGAACAACUCUUAGAUCCACCACUGAUGACGGUACAUCUUUUUCAUUCAAAUUUAAAAUUUGAUUGCUUAUAAAAAAAAAAAAAAAAAAAAAAAUACUACUAUUACACUGAAUAUCUUUUCCCACUAAUUACAAAUCUUGAUAAACUUUGUAUACAAUUUUGGAGCAUUAUCGUUGGGCAAAACAAUUUGAGACACAUAAAACGAAACUAAAAAAACUGCGAAAAUUUCAAAUGGCUAUGAACACCUCAAAAAUGUCUAGAAUCGUUUGAAAGUUCUAUCAUGUCUGAAAAAAUCUAUGUAUUUGAGACUAUACCUAUCUAAAAGAAUUUAGUGAAAUUUCAAACCACUACGAUUAUUUUUUAGUGAAUAAAAAAAACAAAUAUAACAGAAACCGUUACUGUAAAAAUAGAUCAGUUAUGCUUAUCCGAAGUUUUUUCUAGAAUUUGUCCCAUAAUUUAAAAUACUGGACAAAAAAUACACUUCAUUUCAACAAAAAGUCGAAAAAAUUUACAAGAAACUAUCAACUCUAAAGUUAAUGAUCAGAACCAGAUUUCUGAUAGAAGAGUAAUUCACAUAUAGAAAAAAAAUAAGAAAAACACAUUUCAUAGUAAUAAUCAUCAUAGCAGAAUCUUAAAUCAAUAUUAUCUAUCAUGUAAAAGUAAAAAGUUAGCCUGCAGUAGUGCUAUAAGUGUUUGUUUCAAAAAUGAUUAAUUACUGAAUUAUGUUCAAAAGUUGGUGUGGGGGUAAAGUAUCCUCAAGUGUUAGGAUCAGUUUAAUAAUUGCAAGGGACGCUAAUUUUUAUAAGUCUUGUAAUCCCACUUCUUUUAUUUUUUCAAUUCGAGCACUGGUGAUAGAUAAAUACUAUAUAAAAAUAAAAUAUAAUAAAUUAUUAUUAAUAUUCACCGAGAAAACGGAUAUAAUUACUUUAUUUUUCAAUUUAAUUAAAUUCACUUUUGUUUUUUUAACUAAUUUUUAAUUAUAUUAAAUUUGUAAAUAUGCAUUAUGUAUAACUCCAAACUUCCGACAUGAAAUUUAUGCUAAAAGGAGAUAGUUUAAAAAAUCAAAAACCAUACAAUACCCGGUCUUAAUAAUUACUGUUAUACUUAUAUGUCUAUUGUCAUACAAACAAAUAAAAUUAAUACAUCAAAUCGUUGUUUUACUUUUAAGUCAUAAUAUAAAAAACAAAUCACUUUUAAAUUUUGAAAGUAGAAAAAAAACUACAACAAUAUCAAUUUACACCUUAAAUAAAUAUACACUUUUAAUUUCUAAAUAGCAAACACCCUCCUCUCCUUUUAAAUACUGAUUGAAUAAAUAAUACUUGCUCUAAAAACAUUUUCAUGCAUUCCUCACCAACACUAAUAUUGUACUUACCAUUAAUGUGUUGAUAGUGUUAUAACUGUUUAGAUUUUUAAAUAAUUUAAUAAAUACAAAUUUUACUUCGAGAAUCGUGAUGACUGCUUGCGUCUCCCAAGCAAUUUGUUCAUGGCCCCCAGGGGGGCGACCCCUCCAUUUAGAAAACACUGGUAUAACCGUAUAACCAAAGAACUCUAGAAAUCAACGGAAAUAAUUCAAUUUUUCAAUUUUAAAACCAAAAAUCAUACGCGUGUCUUGGAUGUGAAUUCUGGAAAAAAAAGCUCAAUAUGUUCUCGAUAAACGCUUUAUCCAUUAUUAGUAACUGAAAUCCUAUCAUUUUUACGUAAUUUAUACACAUAAAAAAAAUUGUAUUGAUACACUCAUAGCAAAUAUUUGAAAAAAAAAACUCCAUCACAUUAGUACAUAAUCAUAUCAUAUUAAUCAUAUUAUCAUAUUGUUGAGUAAAUGAGUAGAAUAGUGUAAAAAAUUCGUUGACGUGAAAAUAUUUAGUAAAAUUAAUAUUGGGAUUUCAAAUUAAAAAAAUAAUGUUUCAUUUAUAAUAUUAUCAUAGUAUUUGAAUAAUACGUAUGACAGCCGGAUGUAACGCUUACAAUUAUGUAUAUAACUAUUAACUAUUUUUCCCGACCGGCGCGGUGUUCCAAGGACUUUGAUCCACUACGAGGCCGAAUUUGGGUUAUUACAAAUAAAGAAAGGACAGAGUCAGUGAUACCGGAGCAGGUAGGCACUCGCUUGCUCUCGCUCCUCUUGUGUUUAAAACACGGGGAAACAUCAUUUCGCCCCCCUAGUCUCCCAAAUAAAAUAUAGAUAAAUAUGAAUAUGAUAAAUGAAUACUAUUUUAUUAUUUUCAACAAUUUAUACAUAUUAUGAUUUCAAAAAACCAGUCGAAAUCGAUUAUAAUUCCGUAGCAUCACUAUUCAUUACGUAAAUUACGUUAUUACGUAAUAAUCUAUGGCAACAUUGUGUAUCUAUAUAAAUUAAAUGACGUUUUUUUUUACUUUGAAGUUAUAUUUGUACUCAUGUACCCAUAGGAUGUGUUCAAGUCAGGACUCGAACAUGAACGGAAAUACAAUUCCUGUUCAUAUGUUAUUUCCAGGUCGAGGUGGUUUGUAGGUGAGUGGAUCCUAACUUUCAAAUGAAUGAAAAAAAUUAUUACGAUUUUUUUAUUACUUUGUUCAACGUAGUUAUGUUAAUUUAUUUAUAAUAGAACGUACAAUAAUUAAAUAUUCUUUAUAAAAUUGCAAUUAUGCAUUUUAAGUAAAUCGGCUAUAUUUAUACAGUUAUUCACAUAAAAGAGGAAGAUUAAAAAAAAAAACAGAGGGGGAGUUGACUCCUUCUCCUACAUAUCACGGGGGGGGNGGGGGGGGGGGGGAGAAAUACGAAUCUCAGAGAGUAUAGAUAGUAUAGCUAUGUAUAAUUAUCUAUAUUCUAUAACACUAUCUAUAUUCUACCUUACCGUAUGAAAAUUAGUUCUUGCACCUCUGGAUACAGCUUAUAAAUUUCCUCAAAAAGGUUGUUUGUGAGCAAAAACAAACGGCGGUGGCGGCCUCUCUAAAAUCGAAUUGCGCGAUCCGAGGCCUAUCUGUAAAAGAUUCAGUAUUUAAUCUCAAAAUAUGUGUACAUAUAUAUAUAUAUAUAUAUAUUUAAGCCAAGUAGCAAGGAAUAAAUUAAUUUAUUAAAUGAAAACAAUUUAUUUUGGGUCCGGCUUUUAGGAAUUUUCACUGUUGAAUUCGGCGUACAAGGAGAAGAUUCUAUGAUUUAUUCAUGAUAGUUAUUUACUCUAACAUUGAAAACUCAUGGAUACGCUACUGAAAAAGUUUGGUAAACGCUGAUUUAAACCAACUCAACUAAUAUUGAAACUGUAUAAUAGAAUGGAACCUAUAUUUAGUUACCAUGCAUAUUAUUAUUGCUGUUUGAUAAAAAUGUAUAAUAAUAUUAGUGAUGUUGUCGGCUGUAGCACAACUAAUUUUGUAGAAUUUUGAAUAUUUUUCCAUAACAUAUAUUAUGCAUACCACGAACUUUGUGUUUGGGUUUAUUUUUUAUUAUUAUUUUUAUUUUUUUGUUACAUAAUUCCCAUUCAUUUGUAUAAAUUCGAAACGUCAACAUAAAUCGUCGUGUGUAGUGAAUUUAUUAUCAUCUUGUUUCACCGUCACGAUAAAGGCAAUUGAAUGAAAUCGAGUUAUAAUAACUUUGCAUUGUAAAACGUUUCAAUAAUAAUAUUUUGUUUCGAAUGAAGAAUACUACUGUUUACUGUAAUAUUCGUUGCUUACGCAAAUUCAGUAAUUCGUUGUUUUAGAUUCCGAGCAAAUACCUACUUGUGCUUUUUUUUCUGCUGUGGAUAUUUUAUCGACAAUAAUUCAUGUUCCGAUUACGAACAUCAGAGAUGGUUUAGGUAGCAAAUUUCGUUUUGUUGAUACACAGGAAGAUUUUUUUUUUUAUUAAGUAGUUUUCGUACUAUAAUUGGGGAAAACGGAAAUGUUUUUGAAAUAAUGGUCUCUAUCAAUUGCAAUCGGUUAUUUUGUUGUAAUUCAGUUAAACCCACACCGAAUAUUUAUUUAAAAAAUAUUGAAUAAAUAAAUACAAAAUUAUACAUUUGUACUUCUUGGAUGAGGUACAAUUUGUCAACAAAUACUCUGGAAUUUGUUGAGUUGUAUAUUUAAACUAUCGCGUGUUUCUCUAUAUAUUGGUCUUUAUUAGAAUAAAAAUAUUGUUAUAUAAGUUUUUAUCGUCGCCACAAGUUCAAAUUUUUUAUGAUAUCCGUUAGAAACACGAACAAUACAAAUUUUUUUCUUUCGUUUUUUGUAAGUUAUGUAUAAAACACUCACGACGAACUAGCAUUUUUUAAAAAAUGUUAUUAUUACAUUGUCAGUGUGAAAAAUAACAGACUCUUUGUUGGAAUCGUUUUUAUAUUUCAGAGAGUUGAUGAGACAAUUAUUUUCCCACUAUAAUUCAAAUACCUGCCGAAGUUUCCAAUCUCCGAAUAAAUAUGAAUAACGAAAUUCGAUUGGUUUUCUACGAAGAAAUUGCAUAUAAAUAAUUUUAGAAUGUCAAAACGAUCUAUAACAAAUAAUAUAGAAACUCAAAACAAAAAAAGAAAUGCAUAAUACCGCCGAUCAUUCAAACAACAAUUUAAAGUGAAAAAUACAAUAGAUUCAUUCUAAAACACUCGCCAUCCGAACACCGAAUUCGCGGUUUCUUAUACGGUUUGCCUAUUGUCUAUAAUCGAUUCAUUUAUCAGAUACAUAGGUACCUAUAAUAUAAUAUAAUGUCGUUUAAAAAACGGUUCAAGACUAUUCGGUAAUAAUGUUAUAUAAAAUCAAAACAAAACAAUUCCAUUAAUAUUUAUAAGUUCUCAAGUCAACCCUCUUCCCACUACGGUCCCGUUUUAUUAUUAUUUGAAAAACGGAAGAAAACAAAUUUCGGUUUCGAUUUUUUUUCUUUUAUAUCAGUGAGUCAGUGUUCUAGUCGUGUUGGUGUGACGUACGUCACGUGCGUGUGUAUUAUAAUAAUAUUAUACGCACGAACCUCGGCGGCAUAGUCUAAUCUUAAAAAUAAUAAUAAUUGUAUCUAUUAGAAAGAAUAAAAAAAAAAAAGGCGAAAAAACUCGGAGGUCGAUGUCCGAACGACCUCUGGCCGCGGCGACCGCAAACAACGCGCGUGUUAAAUAAUACCACCGCCAGUGGUGGUGUCGAGCCGUCGAGAGCCCCGCGUUUUGUACGUCACGCGUCGGCAACGGGCGCAUGCGCAUCCGGCCCGACGCAUUAUUUUUAGGCGCGGUACGAACGGCUUACCGAUCGCGCGUCGCCGCGGUCGCCGUUUCGGCGCCCGGGAUAGCGAGCACCGCCACCGCACCGCGUUCCGGGCGGUUAAUUGAUUAUCCCCCGCCGCGGGUCGCGCCACCCACGCAAGAGGCCUGCCGAUAGCAGUUCGCGUGCGCCGGAAUCCGUCGUCGUCUGAGCAGACGCGUCUGCUACGACGACGACUUACGCACCGGCAAUGAUAACCGGGAGAAAAUAAUCCGAUCCGUCCGAAACGCGUCAUAGGAGUAAAUUAAUGUUUAUCGCCACCGUAAUAUUCGGCAUCGCCUGUGCGCUAGUGUUUAGAAAAUAAAAUAUAACGCGAAACACGGCGCACAAUCCAAUGGGUGUGUUUCGGCGAUAAAUUAUUAAUCGGGCCACAUUCGUGAUCGGACGUGAUUGCGGUUAUUAAAAAAAAAAAAAAAAAAAUUACUUAUUGAUAACAUAGGUACAUUUAAACUUUAAACCAUUUAAUUCUUAGGCCUUAGCAUUUGUUAAUUAUUCUGCAUUAGAUGCUGUAUAAUGGCAUUGAUUUCAAAGGUAUACUUGUAAUAUGCGCAUUCAAAGUGCUUUACGUUUUUCACAGAUGUUAUUGCAUUUGUGAAUAAUUCAUGAAUGAAAGACCAGUGUAAUAUUAUGACAGACGGUUUACACAAUCUGCAUAUACACACAUUUCGGUACUUAUGUAAUUACAUAACUACAAAAAUACAAUUUUUACAGUUAUGAAUUUUACGGAAUAAUUGAUAUACGAUGUAGGUAUAUAAAUUGUUUUAAAAUAAAUUAUUUACAUUUUUUGUGAGGUAUACUUGAAUAUCUACAUUAUAAAAUUCGACGCAUUUUUAAAUUUGUAAUGUAUUUUAAUGUCUGCAACAAGGUUGUUAAUGUAAAGAAAUAUUUGAUAUUUUGGUUUUAUUAUUCUUAUAACAUAAUCAUUUAAAAUGCUUAAAUUUAAAUAUUAAAUUAAUUGACGUUGCUUAAAAAAUGUUGACGAUUAAUCGAGUUUUUAUCUGCUUAUCUUCUUGAAUAUUUAAACCAAUAGUUAAAAAACAGAUUUAAGUUUAACUCUUUAGUUCAAGUUCGUUAGUGUAGGUGAGAAGUUGGGAAGGUAGGAUAUAAAGGGAAAUUUAAUUUAUAUAUGUGCGCAACGAUAUACGAUUUGGAGCAAAAUUUAUUUUAUGCGUGUACGUACAUUAUCCAGUUUUCACAUAAACAAUGACAAUAAACUAUAUUUUAAAGUAUUAACCUCCUCUAAAACUAUGAAAAAUUUCCACCUAUGGAUUUUCGCCAAAACACGCGUAAUGACUUUCUAGCACUAAGAAAAUUAAGUAAUAACUUGACUGCAAAUUUAAAUAUUACUAUCCCGAUUUUUCACACAGUCAAAAUUGUUUACGGCGAAAUUAUAAAUUAAUAUUAGAUUACUGUAAAUGCAAUCAGUAUUGAAUCCAGAUUUAUGCCACCCCCUCCUGUUAAAUGUUGGUAAACUAAUAAUUAAAUAUAUAAUAAAUCAAAAAUUGACUGGUCUCAGUAAGAGGGAAGAUAAGUAGAAAAAUAUACAACAAUAUUAUUUCAUUCGAAUAUUGACUCAAAAAAUAAAAUUGUGAACUUUAUCGUUUUGUUAAUUAAUUAUUACUUUUUUUUUCUAUCGUACAAUUAAAAUGUACCAUUUUAUAUCAUAAAAAAAAACAAUGCGCGUCCGAAGUUCGAUGGCGAUAGAUAAAAUACCUUUUGUUUUACAGAUGUUUAAAAAUGUAGGAUUUAAAGUUCAUUUUAAUACUAAAAUUUCGAUUAUUAUGUGCUAUUUUUAAUAAAACUCACUGGACAGCUUUUAAUAGAAAAGUGAUAAGUUCGGUUUGUUUUUAACAUCUUUCGGUUCGUAUAACAAAUCAAUAUUUAAUUGGAAUAAACGUAAUCAUAAGUCAUAUAAGUAUAUUCGAUACCCAUAAUAUAGGCUUAAAUAAUUUUUCCCGUGCUACAUUUUACGAUAAAUAAAAAAAAAAACAAAAAACAAAGUACGAAAAUGAUUAAUCUAUAAAUAUAUAUUUUAAAAAAAUAUAGGAGAUAAAUUAUUUCAUAGAAAUAAAACGUUUCCGUAGCCACCUAAAAAAUUCGAGAUUUAUACCUGUCAUAUUUCUCGCGAAAACCGAAAAUAAACGAAAUAAAUUAAACAAAUACGGAAUCAAAAAUAUGUAACAAUCAUUUUCACAACCUUGUGUCAUUUAAUAUUUUUAUGAUGGUUCGGGUACAACAUAUACAAUAUAAUAAUAUACCCUAAGCGUUGAAAUAAAAAGGCUUCGAUACGUAAUAUUAUGCAUUGUAUAUUGUAUGCGCGUUUUUUAUGUCAACUCACAGAACCGGCGUACCUAUUUAAAUGCAUUAUGAUUUUUUUACGACCGUGAAAUAAUCCGUGUAUAUACGUAUUGUAAAUAAUAUUACCUAAUAGUUAAAUAGCUAUUUGAAAUUGUUAUGAAUAGGGCGCAUUUAUCGGUCUCGCCUGCACAUUAUUAAUGGAACACUAAUUAUUGUAUUAUUAAUUUGUCAUUUUGAAUAUAAUGACUCACAAACGUGUCGCGAAAAAAAAAUAUAUUUAAAUCUGAACAUAAUUCACACAAUCACGCCGUGGGUAUUCUAUUGUUGUGGAUGGGAUAUUUGGAAGAUUCCGGAUAUAACAGGGUAAUUAUCUAAUAAUAUCGGUAUUACAAUCGCGGUUUGCCCUCUUGGAGUCAAGGCCAUGCAAAAAUAUACAUUGAUAAAACUUACGAGACCGCCGUUUGUUAUUAGUUUUUUCAUUUUUUUUUUUUUUUAUGAAACAUUUGUUGCGAAUCUUUAAAAACAUUUGAAAUAACAAAGUAAAAAUCGAGUGCCAGAUGGACCAUUCUUUUCGUUAAAGGUUGAUUUUAACAAAUUACGAAGCCUUUAUUUUUUUACCGAAAGUGUUUUCUUAGAAGAAAUACUUAACUUUGUAAUCAGAAAAUAGUGGGGGGAAUUUAGACGGAACUGUGGGAAUUUUAAAACAAAAUUGUCAAAAGUGUACCACCGUAGAUAGAAAAUGCGCAUCUUUAAAGAUCGUAGUUGCAGCUUGAAAAAACCUGACCAAUUUACUCAUCGAAAUAUUGUUUUCCGGGAAAAAUAAAUACACCUUUUGAAUAGUAAAAAAUUGUAAAAAAUUGACAGCUAGUCAACUACACUAAAAAUCCAUAGAUAAAUACUUUUACAUUUGAUUAAUUCGAACGGUUUCUCAUAGGAGACAUGCUUUAAGCCGCCCUCUUUCUACAUAAUAUUAUUUUAUACUUUUUAUAUUUUUUUUUUUACUUUACCUAACACGGUAUGGAUUAUGUCAUUUCCGAUAUACCGUCGUCAUUUUGACCGAAAAGGAUGUCGUUCUUUACCUUGUCACAAUAUAAUAUAUACAAUCAAACCAACUAUACGUCCGUGCGGUUGUGUGUGUGUGUUUUUAUGUAGAAAAAAAUAAAACGAAAAUUCUUUAGAAAGUAGGUCCGUACCCAUUAAAAUAUUAACGAAUUCUUAAAAGUAGAUGGUUUUUUUUUUUUUGUAUUCUCGAUCGACCGGUUUGACUGGCUCCGAAAUAAAUAUAAUACUCGGUAUACAGAGUAGGUAAUCUAUUGUUACGUAUACGUGUAUACAUAUUAAGCCUAAAUGAAGUGCCCGUCUAGUUUGUGCGUUCAUAUAGUAAAUAAUAGUUGUAUGCGUUGUGAAAUAGGCACCAAAAAAAACCAUCGUGUGCGUCAACAAAAAAAAAAAAAAAUAAUAAUAAAAACUUCCUUUAUGCGUAGUAGUUAUACUGUGCCUAACAGUCAUAAAUAUUAUAGUCUUGUGGUUUUGUGUAACGUGUUAAAUGUUAAUAAUUACGCAGUUAGGUUGUAAAAAAAAAAAAAAAAAAAUUAUAGGAGAAAAAACGAUAAUAAUUACACGACUGAUGAUGAUUAUAUAGCUUCUAGUAUAGCGAGCAUACUGGCAACCAAAAGAUAUGAAUAAGAUGGAAUAAGACAUACGUUUUUUUUUUUUUCGUGAUGCGAUUUUAAUUACCAAAAUAAUAGAUAUACACUGAUAAUAGUCUACCUAAAUUAAAGUGUACAUUACACACAAACGGGAAAUAUAUUUUUGAAAAAUAAAUGUUUUAAGAAUUUGGAAAGACCGGUCGUCUUUUUGUCCUUUGAGUUCCACUUAAAAAAAAAAUGGGAAACAUUAACAUAUCACGUGAAAAAUUGAGAUACUCAAUCCCUUUGGGCUCCCCCCCCCCUCUCUUAAUAGUCAAUUACCAAUUCAGAUUAUAAUUUAGAAAUAUAAUUUUAUAUUACAUAACCACGACUUUUGAAAAUAUAAAAUUGAAGCGGUUUUGAAUAAUAUUUAUUAUAAGAUGCAUGAGAUAUGUUAUUUUCCUUGUGGUAUAGAUAUUUUACGGAUAUUACAAGAAAUCGAUUUUAAAUUUAAGAUUAAAAAUAAACAAAGAAAGCCGGAUAUACUUUACACCAUAGAUAUAUUAAGAUGAUCCGGAUACCGUGAUUCUAUAUAGAUGGGAUUAAUUAAGUUGGCAUUAUAGGCAGGAUUGGUUUAAAGUAUUUUUCAUCUUAGACAAAUAUAUUUUUAGCCACACUUUUAAUGUUAAGCGCCCCUUAUUUGUUAUAUUAUUUAAUAAAUUAUACAAAAUAUCACAUCUAAUAUCUAAAUUUUUACACUCCCGAAACCUCUAAAGAUCCUAGGUAUAGGAUAUAGGUUGAUUUAGUUAAUAUACUGAAAAAAAAAAACGAUAAAACGAUUCUUACAAUUCUGAGCGGAACUUAAUAAGCUAGUAAGGUUAAAAUAGUGUUUUUUCCUACCAUAGGCGAGGUUACCCAGAUAUGGAUAAAAAUAAUACCGAUGUAUCGAUAUUUAUUGUCAGAUUUUUACGUUAAAUUAUUUGAAAAUUAAAAAAAAAAAAACUGAGUACAACCGGACAAAAAGUAUGAAUCUUUUAAGUUACGAGUGAAAUGUAAUAAAAAAAUAAUUUUUAAUUUCUUUACCAACAUAAAAAGUUAUAUAUAAAUACGUAUAUAGGUUUUCGCUACACUCAGAAUAUACAAAGUCUAUGAAGUUUGAAUGAAAAUUGGUAAACGUUUAAUUUUGUAAUUAUUAUUGUUUUUUUUUUUUUUUAUUAACUUAUAUAACGCUAUACUAUAUUUGUAUAACAGAAUUAAUUUUUAAAAAUUAUAAUAUUUAACGUCAGCGUCAAAAAAAAAAAUUGCUCACUUAUUCAUUCUAUCUAAAUAGUUGAAGGGUUUUGUGCAAUAACCAGAGAACUUUAAUUUAUUAAAAUUCAUGUUUCAUUAAUUAUUUAAAUAAAAAAUAAAAACCUCUAAAAUUAAAUCAUAGUUUAAAAUGACCUUAUUUAAUGAAAUAAAAAUGUGGAUACUUUUUUAUCGGUUCGCAUAAAGAACAACUUUUCUUUCUGUACUAUUUUUUAAUUGAUUUAUACGAAAUUUAGGAAAAACACAAAAAAAAAAGUCGUUACAAUAUUAAGCAUAUUACUAAAAAAUAACAUCAAAACUUAAAAGACAGUUCAAAAUAUCUAAAAUGCUCCAUAUAUGCAAACAAACGAACAUGUAUACAUUUUUAUUGUUGGAUUCCCUGGCGCAUAAAACAAAUUCAUAGCUCAUUCUGUUAUUUUUAUCCGUACCUAUUCCAUAAAAAUUAGUAAAUGCUAUAAAAUCCGAGCCUUUGUCACAAUACAUUUGACGUAUAAUAAUUACAUAUAUAUUUAUUAUAUUUAUUAUUUAGAGAGUUUUAUAAUACAAUAACCAAACGGAAACGCUUUGAAACGAGAUUAUUACGAUUAUAUUUAAAUUUAAAAAAAAUAAAUGUUUGUUUACAAUACGAAUGCCACCCUGUUGUGUAUGUGAACAAAACCAUCGUUUGUAUUAUUUUGUUAUGUGUGUAUGUGUAGUAUAAUAUCACCGUUGAAUAAUCCAAAAUAAUUAUUAUACAAACGAGGUUUUUGUUAACACGACCAGACAAACGAACUCUUAAUCAUAUUAUUUAAACCGGAUAAACACGAGUGUACACACACAGUGGACAAUACAAUAAUAUUAUCAUGUAUACGCAUCGUUCGAACAUACGAAUGAAUUAUUUAUGACAGAAAAUGUAUGACGGACAGUUUUAGGAAUAUUUAGUUUCUAUAGUUACACUCGUUAUUACUCCGUUGUUACAACCACUUAAACUUAAUUUCAAAACUAUUCUCGACAUUUUCUCAUUACUCAUUGUGUUCCUUAAAUUUAUAAUUUGUCAAUUAUAAUAAAUAUUAUCUACAGGACGAUCAACUAGUUUUUAUAAGACAAAUUUUUAACGUGUUUUAAAAACAUAUUUUUUUAUACCAUUGAGUACACAGGGUAUCCAAUAAUGUUGUACUAUUAAUACUAAUAAUUCUGUCAAUAAAAUAUUUUCUAAAAUGCCCACAUUUGAACAUUUUAAUGAAAGGGCAAAUAAAAAUAAAUUUUUUUCAGUAAUAAAGGGAUGACAAAGAUAAAAAUUUAAUUUUUCUCUACACAUGUCCCCUUCACACAAAACCCGAUUAAAAAGAAAUUAAUAUUGACAGAGUUAUUAGCAAAAGGAUAACACUGCUGGACAUUCUAUAUAAUAGUAAAUCAUAGUUCAAUACGCUAUGUAAAAAUAUGUCCUUUUUCAAAAAAAAAAUAUGUAUAUACCUAUGUGAAUUAUACAUUGUACAGUGUAUUCCACUAUGUUCGGCGGAUUUUUCGAGAGUUAACAAAUAGUUAUUUUUUUUUGUGCGUGUGUGUUUAAGGGAUGAAAAUACAAAUAUAAUUUUUCUCUAAAUCAAUGUUUCCCUCGAAGACAAGCCAGUUGAAAAAAGAAAUCCAUUUAACACAGUGGGAAACACUGUAAAGGGUAAUCACUGAUCAACUUAAUACUAUGAACUAGUGAUUUUCUGAAAGGAUUUUAAAUUAAUUUUAUUUCUAUUUUUUUUUUUUUUUUUUUUAAAUAAUUAUGGAAUCGUUAAGGUUUUAUUUUAAUAAUAUUUUUAAUUUGAUAUGUACGUAAAGUGUAAAAAUAUUGUAGUUAUAAACAAGAUUAUUAAACAAUUAUAUAAUUAUUAAAAAAACUAAAAAUUAAUUUUACUCAAAAUUUUCGCAUAUAAUUGUUCAAGAUAAAAAAAAAUAAUAAUUAUCAUCCAACGAUAUCAAUGUAAAGGAGAAAAAAGUAAUCUAUACAUCCUCGAUCCUCCUGGGAAUAUGUAUGUAUACUUCCGGUGUGUUUUUUAUAAUUUAAAAAUAUAUUGUUUGCACAAACUGUUCAAACAUAAUUGAACGCAGAAACUAGUAAACAUAAAAUAGGACGUAUCGAUUUAAAUUUUCGUUCUGAGAUUUUGAUCAAAUAUUUAGGUACGACGAGUUGUCAACUAACGUGAUUUUUUUUUUCGGUCAUUUCGCACAUAGAAAUAUAUAUCCAUCCAUUAUAGGGUCCAUUAUAGCAUAAGGGAAUAAAUUUUAAUCGUGUAUUUGUUAAAAAAUUAAACUUGAGAAUUUGACAAACAUUAAUUUCCAUUUUCUAACCGUUAAUUGGCAAAUAGUUCUGUUGCUAGUCGAAUCAGUUAAUGAUUUGUUUGUAGGAAUAUAUGCGUAUAAUUUUAUAGGUAAUAUUAAUUUUGUUAAAAUCAUGAUACAACAUAAAAUCAGUGAAAUUAUAACGAAAGUUGAUUGCAGGGCCGUCGCUAAGGCAGGGCGAGUCCUCGGUUGGAAGGUUGAAUAUUUAUAAUUUAAUUUAUUUGUUUAGGAAAAACAGGUAAAAACGGAGGAAAAACGGAAAAUAUACUAAUAUAUAGUAAAAUAUUACAGCCUUUUUUUUCCUGUGAACAACUUUUCUACCAGCAAUUUUGCUCCGAUUUACUAUGACAGAACUUUUUCUGAAAGGAAAUCUGAUCAGGGUGGUACUUUAACAAGGUAAUUUUUUGAUUUUCCCAACUGUUUUCAUAAAAAAUGGGAAAAACCAGGAAAAAUGUAGAAAUAACAGGAAAAUAGAUAUAAUAUUAAAAAAUAUUAUUAUAUAGAAAAUAUUUAAUGCCUAUGUAAUUAUUUUACCGUAAUGUGACUUAUAUAUUGUUGACAAAGCAACAUUGUUCACCGAACUCCGCUUAGAAGUCAGAAUCAUUUUUUGUUAACAAUGGUUAAACAUUGCGUACAGGUAUACAUUAAAUUCCCCCUCUACCUUCUCAACUUUUCACCUACAACAGUGGCCCACCCACGUGCGAAGUAUAUCCAUAAUUUUUUGUAUACACAUACCUAGUUAGUGCGAUAAUUUCUGAGUAUUGGAUAAUUUUUAUAGCACAGAUAAAAUAGAUAUUUUAAAAUUUAGUUUUAAAUUAGUGGCUCCGGAAAAUCGUCUGCACACUGGCCCUUUUAUAAAUAUAUACCAUCAUAUAAGAAAAAAAAAUGUACGAUGUUUCUUCAGUCCUCAUCCUUUAAACUCGUUUUCUCGAUUUGUUGAAUAAGGUACAAGCUUUUGUCAUAAAAGUAAUACAGAAAUAAACAAAUAAUUUUAUUAAUCUUAAAAAUGUAUUUUUGGUGAAGAAUCGGUUCACUGUGAUUAGUUACAAAUGUAUCCGCUGUAUUAAAAUCCUCUUUAUUAUUGUUUCGGCGAUUUUAGUUUUUCCAACGCGACGAAAAAUGUAAUCGUUAUCGUUAUCAGUGUUUCGUUCUAUUAUACAUAUUAUAUUAUUAUUAAUAUAGUCAUAUAAUAAAAUCGUUCAUCAACAAUACCUUAAAAAGACUUACGGUUUCCGUUUGAUCUCAUCGCAGUCAUUAUAUCAUUAAAGUGCAAUAUUCGAAAUAUUUGUAAACAUAUUAUCUUUGUAACGCAUUACAUGCAUGAAUUCAGGAAAGUGGGGACAUGCAUAGACGUGUAUAUUGCAUAGGAACGGAAUAACCCUUUACUUAUUUCAUACUAAACGAAGUUUAUAUACAAAAUAUAACUAACUCUUAAUUUAAUAUUCUCUGUCUGCUGUAUAAUUAAUAAUUUUAACUUUGUAAACUUAUACGUAAUAUAAUAAUACAAAUAUUAGGAAAUAUAUUCUAUACCUACGCAGAUUCAAAAAGAACUUUAAAACUAACCAUCAAAUUUCAAUGCAUCACAUACAUAAUAUGCGUUCAAUUAAAGAUAAAAAGUAAAAAAAAGCAAAUCAUUAGGCAAAAUUAUACAAUUUUUCUUCUACUUCCUCAUCGCUUCAACCUUUAAAACCUUACCGUCCAUCUUGCAAUCUAACCAUAUACAAUUAUAAUACUAUAUCAAAACGACCAAAAUUAAUUUUUGGCACUCAAUGGUCUGAAAAUGUACUACGAAGCCUGUAGAUUUUUGAAAAAUAACCCAUAAACAGGUCUCACAGGGUUUUUGAUACGAAAAUUAAUAUAUUUUUAGAUUUGUUGUGAGAGAUCUAUUAAUUUUACUAUAAUAUGUGCCUUUUUUGUCAUUUUCUUUUUUUUCUGUCUGAAACAUUUUUUUCGAAAAAUAAUCUUGCUCCGAUGUAAAGAGAAUAGUACUUUUUCUGAAAGGAAAUUUUGUCUAUAGUUGGGGCACUAAAGAGGUUAUCUUUUGAUUUUCCAAGAGGGUUUUCCAAAUUAUUUCAUGAACCCAUGGAUAUCAAUUUUGUAUCUUUUAACAUAUAGCCAUUGACAAAGAAAGCCGUUUUUUGAUAUCCAAAGUAUUUUACAUAAUGAUUAGGAAAAACCAAAAAAGACGAAAAUUACGAUGUUUUCAAACUAUGGCGAAACGAUUUCAUAUUAAUUUAAAUUUGUACGGCUUAUGAUUUCUAAAAAAAAAAUAUUUCUCCAAUUGAAAAACAACAUGAGACCUUUUUUGUUAAAUUUUUUAUCUAGUUAGUAAGUAAAUUAUUCAUUUUUUGAUUUCUUCUGUAGUUUUAUUGAUAACUAGGAAAAACCGGAAAAAAAAACGAAAAAUAUACGUAGAUAAUUCUUUUACUAUUUGAAAUUUUGUUUUCAUUAAAUGUAAUUUAGUUAAAAAUAUUUAUAAAGACUUGAAAUUUUGAUAAAAAAUAUUAUUUUUGCUUUUUCUAGACGUGGAAAAUUUUUCAAAACAUUUGAGUCAUUUUUCAGCUAUUUAUAGACAUUUUAAUUUUGUAAGUGUUUUACGUCAUUUUUAUUUGCUAGAUAUACUCUGUAGAUAGAAUUAUUAGGCCCAACAAAAAUGCUUGAAAAUUUGACAGGAUAUUCAUUAUAAGUCGUAUUUAUUGGUGAAAAAAAUAGUAAGUAAAACAAUUAGUUUAAAACACACCUUUUUUUUUAUAACAGUUUUAAUAUCAAAUUUUAACAAAAAUUGUAAAUAUUACGGUCUUUUAAAAUAUUUUUAACCAAUAACAAUAGCUCCGAAUCGUUUUUCGUUAGCAAUGGUUUAUCUUUGAUAACAGGCAUAGAAAAUAACUUCAUGUAUUCACCUUCCAUAACUUUUUUUUUUUGUUGUUUUGAUAAUUUGGUUAUUACAGACAAGGAAGUAUAACAACGACUGACUAUAAUAUGAAUAGAGGUGAAAAGGAGGAUAUACUCGUUUAAUUAAACUUCUUUUAUUGAUUUCGGAUUUAAAAAGACAUUUUUUUUUAUGAAAUCACUUUUAAAAUGAUGAAAAAUGAGGGGAUUGAUAGGUUGAAUUGUAAAUUCACGAACCAUUCAUUCAUUUAUUCAAAACCAUGUUGUUAUGCGAGGAAUUAUUUUAAUUAUAAAUGCCCUUGAAACACCUUCCCCUCCCGAAUGAAGUCAUGAUCAUACAAUUAUAUAUAUAGAAAUUACGUUAGUGGUUUUUGGAGAUUUCCAAUUUCAACCUCCGCCCUCACUAUUUUUGUAAUUAAAUUUCACUAUUUCUUUUUUCUUUUUGAGAAGUAGUUAUAGUACUAUAUAAUUACAUAGUUUUAUAUUAUUCACUGUUUUAUAUUACAAAAUAGAUGCAGUAAAAUUCGACUUAAGUGACUGAGCUCAUCUUGUUUUUAUAACAUAAUGUAAAAUGUAAUACACGUUUGUAUUUUAUUUAUCGCAACACGAAGGUAUUUCAACUAGAACCGUAUAUUAUAUUAAGCACUUAAUCCAUCUUCAAAUAUUUCCGAACUCAGCACAUGAUACAAGUUUAUCAUCCUCGAAGUAUGUGAUAUAACAUCACGUUCCGGAUUAAUUUUUUAUAUUAUAAUAUUAUGUUCGGUGAAAACCGUUAAGUAUACGAACUUUGAAAAAUGAAUACGAAAAGAGUUCGGUUUAUAGGUCGAGCUAUAUAUCCACAACAUACAGGUGGAAAAUAUGGGAGUUCACUUUGGACGAAAUGUCUCUCUAAACUUACAUAAUAAAAUGAAAAUUGAACACCGAAUAAUUUCGAUAAAACAAAUGUUUUCUUCGAAAGUCACACGAAGGCAGUUUUUUUUUUACAUUAAACGUGUAAUAGAAAAAAUCUAAUAAUUUCACUAUAUUUUUUAGAAUCGGUACCUAUAUAAUUAUAAUAAUAAUGGGUUUUCAAUUAAUUGUAUACAGUGGUGGUAGCCAUGACUGUGAAGAGGGGGAAAUCAAUCGGGAUUCCGGAGCAAAAAUAUAUUUGGCUCCUCGAACAAUAGGUCAGCCGCCUGUGGCUAAAAGAUAUAGGUGUUAUUAUAAAUUAUCAUCAUUGUUAUUACGUUCACCUAUAAACACACAGACUCCGGUGUACUAUUAUAUUAUAGUAUUAUAAUAUAUAAUUAUAAACCGAAAUUUCAAUAAUGGACCAAUCAAGCUGACAAAACGCUUGUAAUUAAAUUUGAUGUCAUAAACACUAUGGUCGGCCGUCAAUCAUCGCCACGUGAUCUAACCGAAUCAAACAGAAUAAUAUAAAAUUACUGUUAGCUAAACAUUAUUACUUCGCCUCUGAUGUUGUUUCAACUUUAAAAGGACCUAUCCGAAAUAAGAAAACUUGCGUACUUCCUACUCGCUCCUGGAAAAUAUAUUAAUUCAAUUUCGAAAAAAACUUUAUUGCAACUGCAAAAUGAAAGCGUACGAAAUUCUGACAACAAUGACAACGAUGAAUCGAUAAUAUUAUUUAUAAAUUAUAAUAAAAAGGAAAUUUAAAAUUUAACUCUGCAAUCGUAAACAUUUUCUAUUUUGCACAUUACAUAACAACAUUUUAAAACGAAAUCAUUCACUGACGGACAAUCUUGAUGUUAUUUUAUUAUAUUAUUAUUUUUUUUUUUUUUAUGAAUCGUCCAAAGGAACUUUUUUAUUACAUAUAGACUGCCUAAUUUCAAUAGAUGUAUAGGGAAACGCGAUAAUUGAAAACCUGAACUUACUUCACAUCAUGAUUUGGUCGCUGUAUAGGUGGAUAGUUUAAAAUGAGAAGGAUUCAAGGUUUAUAAUUUAAUUUAUAUACUGAAAAAGUGAGAACAACAAUAAACCGUUGAAAUCAAAAAACAGCUUCUAAUAGAAAUCGUAAUUUUUUCCUUGUUGUUACAGUAGCAGCCAAUUUUGUUCAUCUUUUUUUUAAAAUAUUAAAAACCGUAGGAAAUGUAGAAAUUUAUUUCAAAUAAAGCACCUUCUGGUGACAAAUUUUCAUUUUUUAAAUGCGUAAAAAUCGCAAUGUUUGUAUUAACCCAAAAAGUAUUUUUUGAGAAAAACCAUAUACAUCUCAGUAAAAUUAUAAUAUAUAAGCCUUUGCUAUACUUAGAAUCUCUACAAAAAAUUAGCUAUAUCUAUAUUUUAUUUUAUGUAUAUUUUAACAGGUACCUGUAUAUCUAAACACAUUGCAUUUACAAUUUGAUUAAUUUCAUCAUACAGAAGAAAAAAAAACCGUAUAUAUAUACGGUUUAAUAAAACAUUUGAAUAGUAAUAGUUAUGAUUAUUAUUAUUCGUUGUGGAAAUCUUGAUUAUAUGUACUUUUGGCCAAUUUCAAGCUUACUUGUACAUUGAUUGUACUAUGUUCCAAAAUUAUAGGGUACACAGAUCAGACGAUGUACUUAGACGCUACCCUCGUGACGGCAUUAUCCCUCCCGUUCAAAUAUUUCUCCGGGAUGUUAUCGUAUUACGUUUUAUAUUUAUAAAAUAUUAUUAGUUUAAAAAUAUUUUACCCGGAGAAGAUUUUUAUCUAGAGAGGAUAGUGUAUCCUCUCUGGUCUUAUAUAAGGUAUGAUUUAUUAUUAUUUUUUUUUUUAUCAGGAUUAUGCAAUUAUCUAUAAAACGAUUUCGAGAAAAAUUUAAUUUGGUUUUUUUUUUCAGUUUUAUAUAGAAUCGUUUAACAUAUACAUUUGUUGUCUCACAAAUUUGUUUGUCUCACAAAUGCACGGUAAUAACAAAUUUGCAUUCUACAGAAACAAUUGUGUGCUUUUACUUUAAUAUUCAAUUUAAAGGAAAGCACUUAGCACUUAUCUAUAUUUUUACGAUAUUUUUUUCUCUAUGUUAAUUUUCAAACGAGAUACGAGUGUAUGAAAUAUCACAACUUGAAAAUACUUACAUCUCGUUAAAAAUUUAACUAUCAGAAAAAAAUCAACGUAUAAACACAGAUAAUGUUCUUUCCGUGGAAUUAGAUAUUAGGUAAAUUCACUCUAAUAUUAAAAAUAAACGACAUACAAUUUUAGUGGACGUAAGUUCGCUAAAUCGUAUAAUAAUUAAUAACCUUUUUUGUAAAAAAAAAAUGUAAAAUUGAUUAUGACCUACAUUAGUAAUAUGUUUAGGACUAGUAAAAUUGUAAGCUAAAAUAAAAAUAAAUGAUUGUGAUUUAAAAUUUCCCCAGGAGAUAUUUCUUGAAUAUAAAAUUUUGGAAAUGUUACGUCGAUAAGUUAUUCCUAGGGUUCUGAAAUUACAUGAAAUUUAUAUUUUUAAAACAUUUUGUUAAAAUGCAGUGAAAUGUUUCAUUUUGUUGAAAAAUCAAAAAAAAUCCAUAUAAAUUAAUUUUAAAUUAAAAAAUCAUUUCGUAACUAUAACACUGAACGACCCUGGACUGACUGUAUCUAUUUAAAAGUCGCUAAGCACAGUUUGAAAUCAUCUAUAAUUAAAAAUAGUUUGAAGGAAUAUAAUUCAACCAGUUAACUGUCGACAUUUUAGACAUUUGUUUAUUACAGUAAAAUUCCAAUACGAAUAAGAGCAUAAUAUAAUAUUUAAAGUUUAAAAUGAAUCCAAUCCGACAAUAUUAUUGAGUUAUAAUUUUAUAAAAUAUAAUACAAAACCAAACUGUAAUAAACAAAUAUAAUUUAAAAAAAAAAAAAAAAUGUAUUUUUAAAUAUUUCAAUUGUGAGCAUGUCUAAUGAAAUUAUAUUUCAUUCGCAUAUAUAUAUGUAUACAUAUUCUAUACAUAUAGGUACUAAUUAUAUUAUUUGGUUUAAUUGCACUCGUGCGCAAUUUUGGACAAAACUAUAAUAUAUAUCCUAUAUCAUAUACGCUAUAAAAACACUUAUCAAAUUUUGAUUCGAUUAUAGAACAAUCUCCUUUGUCAAACCUGAUUCGAAAAGAGAAUAUUUAUCUAAAAAUGUUGAUAUGCAUAACUACUAUGAUAUAAUAUUAUGAUAUUGGAUGAACUGUUUAUGAGUUAUACAUUUUAAUAAUAAUGUAUAGAUACAAUCGCAUCGUUUAAAAGGAUUCUGACUCAAAAAAAUAAUGAUUUAAAUUCUUCCGUGAGUCUUGAUAAAAAAAAGUGUAACGAAAUUAUUGUGUUGGAAAAAAAAGCCUUAUAACUCCAUCUGAUCUUCAUAUAAAAUAACGUCAUUUCGGAGUUAGGACUUUAUCAGAAAAACGUUUUAUGCUUCUCGGGAAUCUAUUUUGGAAUUAGAACGGCAAUAUUGAGAAUGAAUCUGAUGAUAAGAUAUUACACAAUACGGUCCACGUAACCACAAUGGCAAAAUCAUAUUAUAACGGCAUGACGAUGAAAUCACGUUUUAACGGAUUAAUGUGUUAAAAAUUUGAUUAAAUUUCAAGACAAAUUUAACCACGUUAUUGCGAGAAAAUGGUAUUUUUAGCAUUGUAUACACCCCCACUUAAUCAGAGAGACAUAGGAACCAUAGCCCCUCCACUGGAAAUAGUUUUUUUUUUUUUUUGUUAUAAUCGUUUUAUGUAUAUGUUACUUUGUUAUGGUGUAUACGGUUUAUUUUCAUAUUUUAUUGAUUAGCUGAGUAUAAUAUAUAUUUUUUAAAUGUAAUAAAAGAAAUAAACAUAUAAUUUUGCGUUUAUUUUUGUCUGUUUGGGCCCUUCCAUUGAUAAAUCUACAUAGCCUCUUAUGAAUGAAGCCAGGGGGAAGAAAUUUUGUGUAUGAAGUGUAUUAGUCUCAAUAAUGUGCCUUUUGAGGGUUUUACUCUCUCAACCCCUCCAUUUGUGUACUAAAAUUUCACGUUAAAUAAAUCUCUGGUGACUACAACUACUUUUGAAACAAUCGUGAUGUAUACGUAUAAAAUAAAGAGGAGGAGGAAAAAAGUGAUUUUUGGAAGAAAAAGCGUAUUUACUAUGAUUAUAUAUAAUAUUAUGUAUUAGGUAAGUACUUUAAAAACGCGAAAUUUCAGUAAUUUCGUUUUUACAUUACAGGUACGACAUUAUCCACACUAUAUACCUAUGUAUAAUUUAGAUAUAUAUAUAUAUAUAUAUUUUAUAUACUACGUUUAUACCUGUAUAGUUAAAAUUACGUCAGAACUAUACAUAUAUUUUUUUCCACUCAGGUUUUUUUUUCAACGGUUCGUUUUUAGAAAUAAACCUGAAAUUUAUUUUACGAUGGAUAUAGUUCAUGAAAUAUUCAUUUCUUUUUUCUUUUUUUUUCGAGUUUUAUCAUUACAGUCCAUUCGGUUCCGCAAUGAUUUUCGGAAUUCAAAGGUCGUAUUUUGUACCGAUAUACGUAUACGAAUACAACGAAAUGUUUCAUUACAUACCUACUUACUUUAAAUAAUGCGUAGAUACCUAACUAUACCUAAAACGGUAUACCGCCACGCCAAAACCGAUGAUUCAAAUUAUUUUUAUAUUAUUAUAAUACGGUCGAGAAAAAAAAAACCCGUGAGGAGCUAAGUUCCAUCACUGAAGUGGAAUUUUCCCCAGAAUUUUUUUUAUAAUUGAACUAAUAUAAUAUUUUCGAAAUAUAUAUAAUAUUAGUUAUAACAAUGGUAGCAAAAGUUGAACACGCGUAUCAAUAAUAUACACUAAAUUAAUUUAUAUUUAUUUAUUAUAUGUAUUCACUAGACAGUAGAUACUCCUUCCCUUGCCCUACGGUCUGUUGCGCUUCCCACUUUAAGCUAUCAUUAGUAUCUUAUAACGUUCUUAUAAAGAUAAUAAGAAAUAGAACAAAAUAGUUUAAUGAAAAUAGGUAAAGUAUAAAUUUUGUUUAACAUAUAAACAGACGAUAGAUUGGAAGUCUUCUAAAAACACAUCCAAAACAAUAAUUCUAUUUAUAAACACAAAUUUUAACCCAGCGACUCACUGUUUCAUGAGUAAAAUAUUUGGUCCUGAGGAAGCUGCUAAAAAUUUCCAAAAGUAGCGGGAAAACAUGUAUACAUAAUAUAUUAUACCCCAUCGGUGAAAUUGUUCAAUUCAUAAAAUAUCAUUAUAUUUAUAUUUUUCAUUUAAUUAACAUGGAAAAAUAAAAGUAACAAUAUAACGUAAUUUCAUGAAUUGGGCAAUUUCACUAAUAGAAUAUAAUAUAGGUAUAACAAACCCAAUGUUCCAAUACCGUGCAAUAAUCUCUAUUUUCGAGGAAAAUACAAAAAAAAUACCACGUACCAUCGGUUAUUAUAUUACCUAUUAUACACAAUGAUUCGAAUAUGAUAAUAUGAUGUUUGAUAGGGUGUAAUAUAGUUGUAUUCAAACCUACAUUAUAAGAUGAAAAAAUCAAAAAUAUGUAUAUAGGUUAGGUUAUGUUUAAUUCCUUCAAUAAUAUGGUUACUCGUAUACCAUGGUUGGGAGCUCUUUGAUUAUAAAAUAUCAAUUACAUACACGCAAACUCCUUGUAGUAUAUUAUAUUAAAAUUAGGUAUUUACUAACCUCCGCUAAAAAGUAACCCUCUUAAAUUCGGGAUACUAUGAAGAUCUAUACGUAAUAGGGUACAAUCGCGUAAUCUUUGCCCUUAUAUAUAAUCAUCUAUAUUUUUUUUCCUGUUCAAAAUAUAAUAUUUUUAUUAUACUAUUAUAGAUAUGAUAUUUGAUAUGCCUUUUAUAUAUUUCGAGCAGACCAAGGAUAUUAUUAUUUAUUAUAGCAUUAUAGUAAAAAUUACAUUGUGUGAUUUUUUUACCUCAUAAUUUACUGUACGGGGACAUGCUAAGAAGGGGCGCAAAGGAAACAAGUGUCCAAAAUUACCAGAGAUUUCAUAGAUGUAUCGGUACCAGAUUUUAAAUAUAAAUAAAGUUUAGGUACUAAACAUGAUAAUUAACCAAGGGCGCCAAUGAAAAAUAGCCCAGUACUAUCGCUACAUUUUAUUAUUUUAUUUUUUAUUUUCAAACAGACAAAUCCAAUUACAAAUGUUAAGUACAUAUAUAUAUAUAUAUAUAUAUAUAUAUAUAUAUAUAAGAUGAAAUUAUAUAAUAUUAACAGUGAAAGAUAGAAUCAGUGUUAGCAGAACAAGAGAGACGAUCGAUUGAUAGGUUGAGGCAUAUCGAAAUUAGAAGGUGAACAUGGAAUGGAAAAAAAAUAGAAGAACGAGUGUGACGUGAAAGCACACAGAAACUUGUUUCACUAAGUAAGGAAAGAGAGUAUAUUUGGUUGGAUAAAUAUUUGUUAGAGAGGAAUUAAAUACUCGCCUGAUAUCUACGAAUAGAAAAGGAAGGAAGGUCCUGUGCAAUGUAAGUAGUCAUAUGGGAGGCAAGGAGUCUUAAGCCAGCAAUCAUCUUGAAGAACCACCUCUAAACUCAUUCGAUUAUAUCACUAGUAACGGGGGAGCCGUAGAUGUAGUUAGUAAAGACCAGAUUUUAUGUCGUCAAGCGGCGAGGUGAAAACCGUGUUGUUCGUUGAUGAUAAUAUUAUUAAGAUAUGAACGAAUAUAAGAAAGAAUGAGAGUAAUGGGCUGGUAGAAUCAACUAGUUUCAACUACCGAUUGUCAAUCGUUAGUUUAAAAAAACAACCAUGUGAUUUAUCGAUUGAAUAGAUAUUUUUAUCCAUCGAUUGUUUUGAAACCCAUCGAACGAAUUAGUUUUCAUUCAGUAACAAUACCGACCAGUUUUGACUAUAAAUAGUUUAAAAACAACUGAGUAUUUUUUCGACAUAAUAGAUAAUAUCAAUAGACUGGACUACUCGAUAUUCCGAUAGUUUUGAUAGUCGAUCAUUUUUAAAAACCACCGAGUAAAUUUAUGGUGUGAAACUAUCGAAUAGAUCGAUAGUUUUCACUGGGUAGUGGUCAUCACUAGUUCCAAUAUUCCAUAUACUAUGAUCAGUUGAUGGCCUAUUACCUAUAAUAGCCUGCCACCCAAGCUCAUCGUUCUGCAGCCAUGCGGGUGACAGGUACAGUUACGCCACGUCGUCCAAAUAUAAUAUAAAUAUCAUUAAUAAUUCAUUACUUAUAAAAUAUAUGUAAAAUGUGUAUAAUAAACCAAUGUUUUUAUAAUGGUAUUUGUCAACCUAUAAAUAGAUUUUCCUUUAUUGUUAUUUAGACCAGUGGUACUUUUGAGUUUAAGCCCUAUUCAUUUGAGGACCCUAUUAACGUCCAUGGAUGUCUGGCACUAAUAAACUUUUAUAUAAUUAAUAUACGUGUACGUUUUCCCAUAAACAUAAGUUAAAAAUAGAAUUAUUAAUUUCCUUCAAUAACCUAGCUAUUUUUGAUAGAAAUUGAAAGGAGAGAAGGUUGAUAUAAUACACAGACAGAACAUAACUAUCUACAAUAACGAUGUAUAAAUAUUGAAUAUGCAUGCACGAGUACGAGUACGUACCUUUAUGUACGAUAUAUGUGUAUAAGGCACUAAGCUUACUCUUGUAUUUUUUUUUUUUUUUUUUUUAUUGUUGUACAAAUGCAUCAUUCCCUGAAUUGUAUUAAAUAUCCCUAAAAAAAAAAAAUAAAUCGAAAAAUUACCUCUGUAAAGUACCUUCUCAGUCAGAUUCCCAUUUAGAAAAAGUGCGAUCAUUGUAAAUCGAAGCAACAUUUCUGGUAGAAAAGUUUUUCACAAGGAAAACAAGGCCGAAAUAUUUUUCAACUAAUACCUAAAUUUCGUAUAUUUUCCCGUUUUCCCUCCGGUUUUUUUUUUUUCGGUUUUUCACAUUUGUUGAGAAAUCACCUGAGAAAAUCGCAAAAUGACCUCUGUAAAGUACUAGUCAGAUUUUCUAUCAGAAAAAGUGCUAUCAUUGUGAAUCGGAACAAGAUCUCCGGUAGAAAAUGUGUCCACAGAUAAAAAAAUAAAAUAAAAUAUUUAUCUUUGUAAAACCACAAGCUUCUUCCACUUAAAAUUUAAAGUACAUAAAAAAUAAUACAAUUGUUCUUUUUACUAUUUUUAUAAACUGUAUAAAUGAUGAUUGUAAAAUAAAAACAAUUUGAAACAAUGGUUUAUUUUUUUUUUUUUAAUGUAUAAAACUGUAUUAUAGAAAAUACACUUAAAUUUAGUGACUAAAUAGCUGAAGAAAAAAUUGAAAAAGUCGAUUGUUGGUUUUUUACAUAUUUUUUUAUGUAGCGUUAUUUGUAUACUUGUUACAUUUUGACAUGUAUUCUCUAUUUAUUAUUAUGUCUCUCAUUAUUUAUAAGUAGGUACAAGGUGCAUCGUACCGAGAAAUUUAAAAAAAUUAAAAACGCUAACAAUUUGUUGGUAGGGAUAUACACCGCUUUUGUCGUUAUUCCCAUUCUCUGUUAGAAUGGUUAAGUUAAUUUUAUAAUAUAUUUAUACCUAUAUACAAUUAUAUUUUACAUAGUAAAUAAAUAUCAAGUUAUUAAACACGACGGUUUUCAUUAAUAGUUAGGCCACUAAACACACGGCUUGACGAUCAAUAUGUAAAAUAAAGCUAAUACUUUGUGAUGUGUAUAUAUUACACAUAGUUUACUGAGUUAGUUAACCCUAACUAAUUAAUAAUUACAUCUAUAUCAUGUAGAUGGUAUAUAGUCGCUUUGCACCACAUUUUAUAAAUUAAGAACUUCAUUCCCACAUUCAUGUGUCUUGGUACCUAUAUUUAUUGCAGUUGUACAGAAUAUUAUAAACGUUUUACAUUUAUUUGAUUUUUUAUUAAAUAUCAUAGUGUAGAUGACGUUCACAUACGAGUAAUAAUUAUUUCAGUCAAUACCAACCACGGUCUUAAAAUAUUAAGUCUGGCAAGUUGUAAACGAACAUUUUUAUUAAGGUAAAAUUAAAAUCAAGUGCAGUGCUGCGCUCUACACGAAUAAGCAUUUUUAAGUAAAAUUGUGUAUACUCUGAGAAAAUAAAUCCUUAUACCUAUAAUAAAUAAUCAAUAAUGCGUUCAAAAUGUAUUCAAAUUAUACUUGUAUAUUUUAUGGUCCUAUAACAUUUCAACCCUCCUAAUCGUGGGAAUUCCUUCUAAUGCGGCAUGUAUAAAUAAAAUACAAAAAAAACAUUCUAAAAUAAUGGGGAUGGGUGCAGUUACUGUCAUAUCUAAUUUAAUGUAUGCAAAAAUAAACCAUUGUUUACAAAAAAAAAAAAAUUCUGAGCAGAGAUUAGUUGAUAGUGAUGCUUUGUUAACAAUAUGUAUGUCAUUUAUAGUAAAAAAAAUAAAUAGGCUUUAUAUAUGUUCUUAAUAAUAUUGGUUUAAUGUUGUACCGAAUUUCCUGGUUUACCCAUGUUUUAUACUGGUUUUUCACAUUUUCUGGGAAAACUCUUGAGGAAAUCGAAAAAUAACCUCUCUAAUGUACCUCGCUAAUGAAAUUUCCUUUUAUAAAAAUUGUUAUCUUUAAAAGUUUGAGUGAAGUUGCUGGUAGAAAAAUCAUGCAGAAAAAGAAAUAAAUAGAAAAUAAAAAUAAAUAUCUUUGUAAAACUAUAAGCUUUUGUUAUUUUUAUUUAAAAAUGCCUAAAUUAUGUUUUGUUUGUGAAAAAUCUAUUUUAGGGGUUGUUAGUUUUGAAGUCACGAAAAAAAGAAUUGAAAGAUGGGAUGAAAUAAUUAAAGGGCUUAAGAUUGGCCAUACAAUUUGUGAAUCAUAAUAUUUUUCCAUAACAGAUAUUAAGAUAUAAUAAAAUUAAACUAAAAUAAAAAAAAAAGUAAACCCGCACUAAAUAUGAAAAGAAAUUAUUGAUUUUAUUUUAAUAAAGAAUAAUAAUAAAAGAAGUAAAAAAAUAAUAAAAUAAACAACAAAUAAACUAUAGAAAUGCAUUUAAAUGCAGAGAAAACCAUUAAUUUGAGGACGACUUGUUUAAGGAAAUUACCAGAAUAUAACAGGUUAUUCAGUGCCGUAGCUAGGUAUUUGGUAUUUAUGUGCCCCGGUGCAAAUUGGUUUAGGUGCCCCAUAAGCGUAAACAUAAUUUAGGAGGCUUCUUAAUCAUUAUUAAGUCUCCUCAAACAUUUUAGUUUUGGCUCUUCAUAUGAUUAUAUGAAUGUAAAUAAAUAAACAAAAUGUAAAAUAUGCAAAAUAUUAUCGUUUUUCACUACGAAGGGUGAUUUUUAUAGGUGAAGGGGUUAAUUAUUAAAUUUAUCUUAUAACCUAUAACCAUCCUGGGAUAUUCCUGAAUAUUUAGCAAAAAGUACUAUAAUAAUCGUUAUGGUAACAUCAGUAUGGCAGCUUAUAAAAUACAAAUAGACAGACAAAUAUUUUAUUUUCUAUAUUGAAUAUUAAAUUAUAAGUAUGAAUACAACCUAUUUUUUAAAUUUAAAUACAAUUUGGUAAAAAAAAAUUGAAAGCUAUCUAUCAUUAAAAUUUUAAUAAAAAUAAAACGUCAAAUUUUAUUUUUGCUUUGUAAAAAAAAAAAAAAAAUUUUAAUAAUAAUAAAAUAAUUAAAAUUAAAAUUCUAUUUUUCAUAAGUUAUAAAUAAGUAUUAUUAAUUUGAGUUACGUAAUUUUAAAAACAGUGCUGGAUAGUACAUUUUUUUCUUUGCUUUUUUGUUUACAAAAUUGUUAAUUAUAUUAUCAAUAUUUAGUUAUUCGAUGCGCUCUCUUUCUAUAUUUAAAAUUGAAAUAUUAUUGAGCCUUUUUUGAGAUACUGUGUUUCUUAAAUAAUUUUUGACCAUUUUAAAUUUAGAAAAUGAGCGCUCGGCUAAAGCAACAGUUACAGAUAUAGUUAAAAAUAUGCAUGCAGUAAUAAUAUCUGGAAAGCUGCUUGAAUUAUCAUUUUCUAUUAUGUAAUUUACCAUAUUAAGGAUAUUAGGCAGUUCAAUUUGAUUAAUAAUUGAUUUAAAAGAUAAUAUUUGUUGAGUAAAAUCAAUCAAUUUAUCUUCAUCAGUAGACUUACAAAUUUCAUUAUUAAGCUUGUGCAACUUUUCUGCCUUGUUUUCUGUAUGCAUGUCACCAGAUAUUAAUUCUGUAGUUGAUUUUUUGUUAGAGUUAACAAAUUUGUCUACAUUUUCAGGAAAUACUACAUAAAUAAAUACGUAUAACAUACAAUGUAAUGUUUCACUGAAUUGGUAUUUUUCAUAAAACACGAACAGUACUUAGGUAUAAGUAAAAUUUAAAAAAAAAGAGCUGAUAAUAGGGACGGUUGUAUUAUUAUUGUGAAUGGCUAGUUUUGAUGGUACUAAUAACGAUAAACCAUUGCUAACGAAAAACAUAAUGCCUUAAUAUUUAAAAAUUUUAUUUCAAAAACUUAUGGAAAGCAAAAAAAAAAAAACAUUACAUAACAUUUUUCAAUUUUUUCGGGAGUUUUCUCAUCAAAUUUUAAAAACCGAAAAAAUAUAGGAAAAACGGGAAAAACAUAGGAAAACUGGAAAAAUCGGUACAAUAUUAAACAAAUAUUAUUAAAGAAAAUAUGUAAGUCUUUUUAAUUAUUUUACUAUAAAAUGAAAUAUAUUGUUGAUAAAGCAUCAACGUUUUGCUUACGUUUUUUUAACAUUACAUUGAUUUUCGACGGAUAAAAUCUAAAUUUAACUCACUUAAAUCACGAUAACGCGAUACGUAACUGAAGAAGUUGCUCAUACUAAACGUUCGAUAAUCAGGUAUUCCAUUUUAUCAAUAUUCAGGUCAGGCCUUUAUACAAUUACCCAUACGACACUAUACGAUCCUAACCUUCUGCCUAGUACCUACUAAUACAUAAUAACUAUAAAGGCCAUUUUAAUAUUCAUUAUCUCAUAACAUUUUAAUCCACAUGAUUUUAUUUACAUAUCAUUUUUUUCAUAUUGUAUUGAAUAUUAUUAGUCGCAUUAUUAGGUAAUCGGUAGUGCCAUUUCAAGAUAAAAUGCUCCAGUUCAUUACCGGUGGUUUCUACGGCAUUGUACAUAUUAUAUAAACUCGUCGAGUAAUAUUAAGUUUUAGAAUAUAUGUUUGCUUCGCUUAUAGCCAUAGACAUAUAGAAGACAUAGACAAAAUUAUAAAAACUUUAAAACUGACCAUUUCUAUAAUAGCUGAUAAUAAUAAUAAAAUAAUAUUUCAGGAACGCUGAGGAGGUGAGGCGUGAAGACAAUGAGCUACAAGGUGUAUCGCAGCACGUCAUCACCGUGGACGGCGAAGCGGUGACGUCGGUGAACGGUAAGCUGUUGGCUGGGCACACGGUCGGCAGAGACGCCGCGGACGCCGUGGAACGGGUGUCCGUGUGUUCGUGCACUUGUAUCGGACCGGUACAGUACGACUACAACAGACCGGACGUGAGGUCCGGGGAACGGGAUGCCGCGACGGCCGCGGCCGCGGCUGCCGUUGCCGCCGCGGUCGUCUACAACAGUCCGCUGUCCCACCAUCCACCAGUUCUAUCGAUGAAAAGGGUGUCCAUAUAAUGGCGACCACCGAGUCCGCACCCAGCAGUUUCCGCCGCACCGUCAACGUCUGUACACUAAACCCGCAUAACCAGACGUACGGCGACACAAACAGCCAGUGCUAAUGGUUGAGCACAUUUUUACCUUAAUCGUUUUAAUGAAAAACACAACACCAUAUUGCACAUUAAAAAUAAUAACAAUAAUAAUAAUAGUUUUCUUUUCGCCGAAAUAUAGGGGAAAACUGACAACCGAUAUUUUUUAUUGUC